UAGAAGCAUCGCACCAACCCGAGUGGACGCAAGUGCUGGAUAUUAUACUUACUUUUUAUUUAUGAUUAUUUAUAAUAAGAGGGUUUUCACUGAAUUCUUGACCUAAAUUAUUUUGAAAAAAGGAUACUAUUUUUUUCCCCACAGUUUUUGUAUGGCAAAACAACUCUAAAAUCUAUUUUCUGAUCACCUGUGCUUGUCAUUUGAGACUGUCAUUGAGAUUUUUAAACGACAUAAAGCUGUCUUUCAUUUUCAUUUUUUGUUUUGAUAUUUGAAUUGAUUUUCAACAUGUGGACCUUUCUUGGAAUCGCAAGUUUUACAUAUAUCUAUAAGAAAUGCGAUGCCCUGGUGAGUGACGCGCCCCGAGAGCUGAUCGUGGCCGCGGUGCUGUGCGUGUCCGUGGGUCUGAUGAUCACGUGUAUCGGCUUUCGCGGACAGACGCUCAAAGCGCCGCAGUUUCUCCUGAAGCCUCUCAAACUCUUGACUACAUUCCCUCCGACCAAAAAACUCUUCUCCAAGUCCAGUACAGACAGUUGUAGUCGCACUUCUAAGAAGAGAGAUGUAAAGCGAAAGAGGGCGACAGACAGUCAGUCCGGUCAGACAGAGGAUCCAGAGGUCAUCAUAGUGGGCGCCGGUGUGCUGGGGUCAGCCAUGGCUGCCGUUCUGGCCCGGGACGGCCGGAGGGUCACAGUGGUGGAGAGGGACAUGAAAGAACCAGAUCGGAUAGUGGGAGAACUUCUGCAGCCGGGAGGAUAUCGAGCACUCAGAGAGCUUGGCCUGGAGGAUGCUGUUGAAGGUCUGGAUGCCCAUGUGGUGCAUGGUUAUGUGAUUCAUGACCUGGAGAGCCGAACGGAGGUGGAGAUCCCGUAUCCCCAGCAGGAGAACAGCAUUCAGGGCGGACGUGCUUUCCAUCAUGGACGCUUCAUAAUGGGACUGCGUCGAGCUGCUCUCGCUGAGCCCAAUGUGAAGUUUGUGGAAGGAACGGUGACCAGCCUGGAGGAAGAAGAAGGUUGUGUGACAGGAAUUCGGUACAGAGAGAAAGACUCAGGGAUAAUCAAGGAGGUCCAUGCUCCUCUGACUGUAGUUGCUGAUGGAUGUUUCUCCAAGUUCCGUAAGAAUCUAAUUUCUGGGAAAGCUAAAGUGUCUUCUCAUUUUGUUGGAUGCAUAAUGAAGGACUCUCCUCAGUUCAAGCCCAACCACGCAGAACUGGUUCUAGCUAAUCCCAGUCCAGUGUUGGUCUAUCAGAUCUCCUCCAAUGAAACUCGGGUUCUGGUGGACAUCAGAGGAGAGAUGCCUCGAGACCUUAUGCAGUACAUGACGGAAAAAAUCUAUCCACAACUACCAGAGCACUUAAAAGAGCCGUUUAUGUUGGCACUGCAGAAUGAUCGCUUGAGAACAAUGCCUGCCAGCUUCCUGCCACCCGCACCAGUCAAUAAACAAGGGGUUCUGCUGUUAGGCGAUGCGUAUAACAUGCGUCAUCCUCUGACCGGCGGCGGCAUGAGUGUGGUGCUGAAUGAUGUCCGCAUCUGGAGAGACCUGCUCAAGAACAUGCCUGAUCUCUACGACAAUACAGCUGUGCUCCAGGCAAAGAAGAGAUUCCACUGGGAGCGUAAAUCAUCUCACUCGUUUGUGGUGAACGUCUUGGCUCAAGCUCUGUAUGAGCUGUUUGCUGCGACCGACAAUUCACUGCAUCAGUUGAGAAAAGCCUGUUUCCACUAUUUCAAGCUUGGCGGAGAAUGCAUCAGUGGGCCGAUCGGCCUUCUGUCUGUAUUGUCGCCGAAACCCUUAAGUCUGAUCGCUCACUUUUUCGCUGUGGCAUUAUAUGCCAUAUACUUCAGCUUCAGAUCUGAAUCCUGGCUCACGAUACCACGAGCGCUGGUCAACAGCGCAGCCAUCCUGUACAGCGCCUGUGCCGUCAUGUUUCCUCUCAUUUACUCGGAGUUACAGUACCUGAUUUACUAGGAAUGAACUUCUUUCAAACUGAAAAACAAACUGAUAUCUUCAGUCGGUGAACGUGACGGAUCUGUCAAUGUUGGCUACAUCUUUUUGGGAAAAAGGGAUUCAUGUCAGACAUACUGCACAAGGAAAUGUGUAUGGUGUCUGAUAUUAAUAGACAAAGACCCUGCCUUAUAUUUUCAUACACUAAGUGUAAGCUAAUGAUGUAGUGAAAUUUGCCUUACCCUGCAAUUAAAUGAGGGACCAUCCUGUGCUUUAUUUUCAAGUCAGUUUGAAAUAGCAUUUGCAAACCAUUUCUUAUGCAUUCUGUUUCAGAAGUAUAUGCAAUAAGUGAGUAGAUCUGGUCAAUUUAAAGUUUUCAAUGCAUUAAAAACAUGCAUUUCUGAGUGCAAAAUAAGUUAAUUCAUCAGUUCAUAAUGGUUAAACCACUAGGCUGCUGGACUUUUGUGAAAAUUGUGUUUUAAUUGUUUUCAAGAACUAAGGAAAAUCAAUGGGACUGCGUCUCAUUUGUUACCUGAAGUAAUUGUUUUCCUUUUAUUGCUUUAUUAUGGUUUCAGAGUUUUUCAAAAUUGUGUCCAUUUGUCACCGUUUUCACAUGGGGCCUUCCAUUAUCAUUUUUGCCUUUCUCUGUUUAAAAACAGUUUUCAAAUCAACAUUUAGUUAAAA